UGCUCUGGGGGAGGCCUGCUCACGGUGGGAGGUGGACGCCGGCCUCGGAAUCAGGGCGAUGGGGGUCCAAACUCUGUCCCCAUGUUGGGGCCCGCUUUAGCAGCACCCCUUCUCCUGGCCCAGCAUGCUGGCUGCGGCGGGCAGCCUCUCUGCCCCUUCCCUGCCCCCUCCGCUGCUGCACCCCAACCCCUAGGGAGAGAGGCGGCUUGGAGGGGGCCAAAUUCUGGGUCAAAGACCGACCGCGGGGUAAAGGGGACACCCUGGGCCUUUGAGGAGGAGUCCAUCCACAGAGGCAGUGAUGUGGAGGGCAGGGGACGACCAGAGCCUGGCGGAGGAAAAGGGCCUGCGCUGUCAGAACCCCAACUGCAUGGACAAGGGGCGGGCAGCCAAGGUAUGCCACCACGCUGACUGCCAGCAGCUGCACCGCCGGGGGCCCCUCAACCUCUGCGAGGCCUGUGACAGCAAGUUCCACAGCGCCAUGCAUUAUGACGGGCACGUCCGCUUCGACCUGCCUCCUCAAGGCUCUGUCCUGGCCAGGAACGUGUCUACCCGGUCAUGCCCCCCACGCACCAGCCCUGCAGUGGACUUGGAGGAGGAAGAGGAAAGCUCUAUGGAUGGCAAAGGGGACCGGAAGAGCACAGGCCUGAAACUCUCGAAGAAGGCAAGGAGGAGACACACAGAUGACCCCAGCAAAGAGUGCUUCACCUUGAAGUUUGACCUGAACGUGGACAUUGAGACAGAGAUCGUACCGGCCAUGAAGAAGAAGUCGCUGGGGGAGGUGCUGCUGCCGGUAUUUGAAAGGAAGGGCAUCACACUGAGCAAAGUGGACAUCUACCUGGACCAAUCCAACACGCCCCUGUCCCUCACCUUUGAGGCCUACAGAUUCGGGGGACACUACCUGCGGGUCAAAGCCAAGCCAGGGGACGAGGGAAAGGUGGAACAAGGAGUGAAGGACUCCAAGUCCCUGAGUCUGCCGAUCCUGCGGCCAGCCAGGGCCGGGCCCCCCUCCUUGGAGCGCGUGGACCCCCAGAGCCGCCGGGAGAGCCUGGAUAUCCUGGCCCCUGGCCGCCGGCGGAAGAACAUGUCGGAGUUCCUGGGGGAGACCAGCAUCCCUGGGCAGGAGGCCCCCAUGCCUUCCAGCUGCUCUCUGCCCAGUGGUAGCAGUGGUGGCAGCGACAGCUGGAAAAACCGGGCAGCAAGUCGCUUCAGUGGAUUCUUCAGCUCGGGUCCCAGCGCCAGCGCCUUGGGACGGGAGGUGGACAAGAUGGAGCAGCUGGAGGCCAAACUGCAUGCUUACGGCCUCUUCGGGCUGCCGCGGCCACCCCACCGGCUGCGCUUCGACCACGACUCGUGGGAGGAAGAGGGGGACGAGGAGGAGGAGGAGGAGGAGGACGCCUGUCUGCGGCUGGAGGACAGCUGGCGGGAGCUCAUCGACGGGCAUGAGAAGCUGACACGGAGGCAGUGCCACCAGCAGGAGGCGGUGUGGGAGCUCCUGCACACAGAGGCCUCCUACAUUAAGAAACUGAGGGUGAUCACCAACGUGAGUGUGGGACCGCAUCCUGCCUUCCUGCGCCCCAGAGCCUCCCUCUGGGGGCCCCUGAGCAGGGUCUGGGGCUUUGCAGAGAACAGGGGAAGGAAAGCUCUGGGCAGGUUCGCCGAGUUGGCUGAGCACUGGGCUCACUCUUGUGCCCGCAGCCCACACCCGGUGGAGGCGGAGCGCCUGUUCAGCAACAUCCCAGAGAUCGUGCGGCUUCACCGCGGCCUGUGGGGCAGCGUGAUGGUGCCGGUGCUGGAGAAGGCACGACGCACACGGACGCUGCUGCAGCCUGGGGACUUCCUCAGAGGCUUCAAGAUGUUCGGCUCCCUCUUCAAGCCCUACAUCCGAUACUGCAUGGAGGAGGAGGGCUGCAUGGAGUACAUGCGCGGCCUGCUGCGCGACAACGACCUCUUCCGGGCCUACGUCACGUGGGCCGAGAAGCACCAGCAGUGCCAGCGGCUGAAGCUGAGUGACAUGCUGGCCAAGCCCCACCAGAGGCUCACCAAGUACCCGCUGCUGCUCAAGUCAGUGCUGAGAAAGACCGACGAGCCGCGCGCCAAGGAGGCUGUCGUCACCAUGAUCGACUCCGUGGAGCGCUUCAUCCACCACGUGAACGCGUGCAUGCGGCAGCGGCAGGAGCGGCAGCGGCUGGCGGCUGUCGUGAGCCGCAUCGACGCCUACGAGGCGGUGGAAGGCAGCAACGACGAGGUGGACAAGCUCCUGAAGGAAUUUCUGCAUCUGGACCUGACAGCACCCAUCCCUGGCGCCUCCCCUGAGGAGACACGGCAACUGCUGCUGGAGGGCAGCCUGAGGAUGAGGGAGGGGAAGGACAGCAAGAUGGACGUGUACUGCUUCCUCUUUACGGACCUACUCUUGGUGACCAAGGCAGUGAAGAAGGCCGAGAGGACCAAGAUCAUCCGGCCACCGCUGCUGGUGGAUAAGAUUGUGUGCCGGGAGCUCCGAGACCCCGGCUCCUUCCUCCUCAUCCACCUGAACGAGUUCCACAGUGCCGUGGGGGCCUACACGUUCCAGGCCAGUGGCCAGGCUUUGUGCCGUGGCUGGCUGGACGCCAUUUACAACGCCCAGAACCAGCUGCAGCAGCUGCGCGCCCAGGAGCAGCCAGGCGGCCAGCAGCACCUGCAGAGCCUGGAAGAGGAGGAGGAUGAGCAGGAGGAGGAGGAUGAAGAGGACGAGGAGGAAGAGGACGAGGAGGAAGAUGGGGGGAGCAGCACUUCUGCCGCCAGCUCCCCCACCAUCCUGCGCAAGAGCAGCAAUAGUCUCAGCUCCCAGCGCUGUGCCUCAGAUGGCUCCACGGAGACCCUGGCCAUGGUCGUGGUGGAGCCUGGGGAGCCGCUGUCUUCUCCCGAGUUCGAGGGUGGCCCCUUCAGCUCCCAGUCAGACGAGACCUCUCUCAGCACCACUGCCUCCUCUGCCACACCCACCAGCGAGCUGCUGCCCCUGGGCCCCGUGGAUGGCCGCUCCUGCUCCGUGGACUCUGCCUACGGCACCCUCUCCCCCACCUCCCUACAAGACUUUGUGGCCCCGGCCCCUGUGGCGGAGCCAGCACCCCGGCCCCCAGGGUCACCACAAGCCCCCUCACCCCCACCCUCACCUCGUCUCCGCCGCCGCACCCCUGUCCAGCUGCUGCCCCGCCUGCCCCACCUGCUCAAGUCCAAAUCUGAGGCUAGCCUCCUCCAGCUGCUGUCAGGGGCCACCGCCCGCGGCGCACCCCCGGGCCCCAGCCGCAGUCUGUCCGAACUCUGCUUGGCCAUUACGGUCUCUGGCACGAGGACUCAGGGCUCUCCUCAGGAAGCUGGGCCCAGCUGGGUUCACCGGGAGACACCCAGCCCUGGCAGUGGCCCCAAGCCAUCAGAGCUAGAGGGCAGAACCAGCUGCCCGGCUGGGGACCCAGAAAGACCCACCAGGAGAGGCAGAGAGCUGCCCUUGGGGGCCUCACCCAAGGUCCAGCCCGAACCCCACCCAGGGAUCUCUGCCCAGCACCGGAAGCUGACGCUGGCCCAACUGUACCGAAUCAGGACCACCCUGCUGCUUAACUCCACGCUCACUGCCUCGUGA